CAGAUUCUAUAAUUAUCCAGAUUACUUAUCACUUAUUUAAACAAGUAUUUACCAACUAUGUAUUGAAGUGCUCGUGAAAAUUAUAAAAUGAAUCUUUUUCUGUUUUUAUUUACGUUAUUUUCGAUCUGUGUUUUGGAAUCACAUAGCUGGGCUGACAAUAGAGUGAGGAAAUUCAAAAAGGAUUUCUCGUUUGGGGUUGCCACAUCAGCAUAUCAAGUGGAAGGUGCUUGGGAUAAAGAUGGUAAAGGCGAAAGUAUUUGGGACAGAUACCACCAUACUCAUCCGGAGAUGAUCAAAGAUGGCAGGAACGGUGAUGAGGCUUGUGACUCCUACCAUAAAUACAAAAGAGAUGUGGAGAUGUUGAGAGAGUUGGGAGUACAUCACUAUAAAUUCUCUAUUUCCUGGCCGCGAGUGUUGCCAAAUGGUCUAGCCAACGAGAUAAAUGAAGCAGGUCUUGAAUACUACGACAAUUUGAUAAACGAACUAUUGAAAUACAACAUACAGCCUAUGGUUACUAUGUACAAUCUAGAUUUACCCCAAAACCUCCAAGAAUUAGGCGGCUGGACCAACCCUCUUGUAAGCCAGUGGUUCGAAGAUUACGCAGAGGUUCUGUUCGAGAAGUUUUCAGAUAGAGUGAAGCUUUGGAUAACGAUUAACAAUCCGACUACAGUUUGCUUUGAGACGUAUUCGGGGGUUUUAGCACCGGGGAUCAACUCAACUGGGAUUGGAGACUAUUUGUGUGUGAAAAAUGUUCUAGUCGCUCAUGCUAAGGCGUACAGGUUGUAUGAGAGUACUUACAAGAAGAUAUAUAAGGGUGAGGUUGGUAUAUCGUUGUUAUUGAAUUAUCCAGAUACGUUCGAUAAUAAAACCGAAAAUGAACAAGCUGCUGAAAAAUAUAGAGAAUUUACCAUAGGACUCUAUAUGAACCCGAUCUGGUCAAAGUACGGCGAUUUUCCCCUCAGCGUCAGAAAUACGAUCGCAAAGAAGAGUAAAGAACAAGGAUACGCAAAGUCAAGACUACCCUCAUUUACUCCUGACGAAAUCAAAUUGAUCAAAGGAUCAUCAGAUUUUUUGGGAUUGAACCAUUACACUACUUAUUUGAUAAAAGCCACCAAUAAAAAGUAUCCUGCCCCGUCUUUGGAAGAUGAUAUCUCAGUUGAAAGAACUGCCAGAGAGGAGUGGAUCCAGUCGCAGACCUCUUGGUUAAAGAGUGCUCCAUACGGCAUCUACAAGCUAUGUCUAUACAUAAACAAGAUGUACGACUACCCGCAAAUCUACGUCACGGAGCAAGGCUGGUCUACCACUACGAGUCUCAAUGACCGGAGCAGGGUUGAGAACCUUCGGCAGUAUUUGAUCGCUUUGUUGUUCGCAAUCGAAGACGGGGCUCAGGUGAAGGGUUACACUGUAUGGAGCCUUAUGGAUACUGUAGAAUGGAAUGCUGGAACUAGUGAACGCUUCGGACUUUACGAAGUGGACUUCGGUACGGAGGAAAAAACGAGAAAAGCAAGAUUAUCAGCAUUAGUUUACAAACGUAUUAUACAGAAAAAAAUUAUAGAAAAGGACUGGGAGCCGAAAUAUUGGACUAUCUCUAUAAGUAACAAAACCAAUAGCGACAAAGACGAAUUGUAGAUUAAGUGUCAAGAUUUAUAAUUUUUUUUUUUAAAUAUAUAAUUCUGUUGUAAA